GGUGAAUUCAUCGAUUAAAUGCGUGAAGCCGUCGCUUCGAUAGUUUACUAGCUGAAAAGCCUAUCUAGACAUCUAGCUGCCGGAGCAUUUUAUAAUUAGAUUUACAACAUACGGUACUACAUUACCAAGCUUUAAUAGAGCUGGUUAAUUAAAACAUUUAUAAUAUAGUUUAAUUUAGAAUUAACACGAGCAGUUUCCAUUUCGUUUGGACUAUAUAUUAUUGUUUAACGGCCGAUUUGUUUACAUUUGAGAGAUUCCUUGUAAACCAUGCCCGAAACAACAGAUGCCCCAGUUCCCGAGACUGAUGCCAAAGCAGCAGAAGCUAAGCCAACAGAAGCCCCAGCCCCAGCGGUAGUUCCUGUAAAAGAAAUGAAAAGUAUUGUUUUGACAGGUUUUGGAGGAGUCAAAAUGAUGAAAGUGCAACAGAAGCCAGAGCCAUCCGCUGGUGAUGGGGAGGUUCUUAUUCGAGUUAAAGCUUGUGGCAUGAGUUUCACAGACCUGAUGGUCAGACAGGGUGUGAUUGACCAUCCACCCAAGACCCCAGUUAUCAUGGGGUUCGAAUGUGCUGGUAUUGUGGAGGCAGUUGGAGCUAAUGUCACAGACUUCAAUGUUGGUGACAAAGUAAUUGCAUUCUCUGACUACAAGGCCUGGUCAGAACUUGUGGCUGUGUCAGCUAAUUAUGUUUACAAGGUUGGUGACAAUUUGAGCUUCCAUGAUGGUGCUGCUCUGCUUAUGAACUUUGUUGUGGCCUACAUUAUUUUAUUUGAUUUGGCUGGAGUUAGAGAAGGACAGUCCAUACUGGCACAUUCUCUUGGAGGUGGAGUUGGCCAAGCUAUAAUACAGCUUGCUAACACUAUACCAAAUGUGACUAUUUUUGGCACUGCUUCUUCUCAUAAACAUGAAGCCAUCAAGUCUAAAGGCAAUGUUGCUCAUCUCUUUGACCACAAUGCAGACUAUACUCAAGCCAUUAGAAAAGAAUCAUCUGAUGGUGUGGAUAUUGUCUUGGAUUGUCUGUGUGGAGAUGAUACUAAUAAAGGCAUUGCUCUGUUGAGACCAAUGGGAAAGUACAUACUCUAUGGUUCAUCAAAUAUUGUGUCUGGAGAAACAAGAAGUAUCUUUAGCUUUGCCAAGUCUCAUCUUCUGACGCAUCUCCAACUUCCUGAUAAAAUGGUGUGGUGGCAAGUGGAUAAAGUCAACCCUUUGAAACUGUUUGAUGACAACAAAAUGAUUGGAGGUUUCCAGCUGAGACGCCUGUUGUUUAGGCAAGGACAUUAUGAAUAUGUUCGUAAAGUAGUCACUCGUGUGCUUGACCUUUUUAAUCAAGGCAAAAUCAAGCCAAUAAUAGACUCUGUAUGGGCUUUUGAAGAUGUUGGGGAAGCAAUGCAGAAACUUUGUGACAGAAAGAACAUUGGAAAAAUUAUUUUGGAUCCAACAGCCGAACCUACUCCUAAGUCUCCUGAGAAGAAGACAGCUGAAGCCACUGUUAGUGCAGAAGGAGCAGCAGGUGAAGAAAAAAAAGAUGCCUUGGCCAAUGGAGAGUGAAGAGAACUAUCUAAGUUUAGAUAGAUGUUUGUUUAAGAUCUUAGUUCAGUUAACAUCUAGAUGGCAUGUCAAUGACAGACAACUCUGCUGUAGAACAAAGCAAUGACUGGCAAGAUCUAAUUCAUGAACAAAUGGGAUAGAAUGAUAUUACUUCAGAUUCAUUAUGUUUGCUAAAUUGAAUGUAUAGAAACACUUUAAAAAAAAAAAAAAGAAACAGUUGUCUAGAAAUAACCUUUCACUAGUUCUCUAAAAAUCCUUUUCUUCAGUCACCAUUUUGGGACUGUUAAUCUAUUACUCACACAAUUUAUAAUAUUACAAAUGCAAAAAAAUUUUUUUUUGAGCUGUACAAGAGUUUUGUGUAUUGUAACUCCCAGCACUAUGACCAGCUGGCAGACUUACUAACAUUCAAUCAUCUCCUCAUUUCUUUUUGUCAGAUGUUGUGACCCAUUUUUAGUUGCCAUUUUGUUUGACUGGCUGUUGCUGCUGGUUAGUGUUCUUAUUGUGAUAAUGAGAUUCUAUCCUGGUCAUUUGUGUGAUCUUUUCUUUCUAUACAACUAUUUACUUAAAUAUACCUAUACAUAAAUAUAUCUAUAUAUAUAUAUACCAUUGACCAACCUAUUAUUGUCCAUAUAAAUGCAUGCUCUAUUUUGGAUCAAUGGAAAAGUAAAUCAUGCCUUGGUUAUUAUGCAAAGGUUUGAAAAGAUAGAUGUACACAAAUCAAACUUAUUGAACAACAAUUAGAAUUGUACAAAAUACAUUCCAAAAAACGUUAGGAUCUAUGUUCUUUAGAAAAGAAAAAUAUAAUACAUUAUUGCAUAUGUUUGUCAAGAUUUUCUCAUUUGUCUUGAAUUGGAUGUCAACAUUUUCUUAAUAAUCUUUGUUUCUUACUAGUUCAGGUUAGCCUAAGGUUUUAUUUUUCUUGUUUUUGUUCUCUAUUUCUUUUUUGCAGCCUACUUGUACCUUGUUUCUAUCAGUAUUAUUCCAUCUGACCAUUGCUUUUUAUAUUACAACAGUUUUCUCUGGUUCUAGUCACAAAUAUUUAAAGAGAGAUUAAAAAAAAACAACAGAUUUUAGAAAAACUUUCGUUCAUUGUCAUACUGGUAUCUUAAGCAUUUUUUUUAACAGUUGUACAAUUCUUUUUUUUCUUUUACUUUUCGAUUGGUACAAUUUUAGCUAUACUGCUUUGACAUACUUUGUUUACUAUUGAAUGUAUAAUAAAUUUUUUAAAGUUAUUUUUAAUUUUUCUUUGUAUUGUUGCAUUUUAUGCUAAAUAAAAAACAGAGCAUCUAUUUAUAUCUAUAUAUUUUGUAGAAUUAUUCAUUGUUUGGGAAUCUGGUUGUGACAAAGUAGACUUGAUAAUUUAGUUGGGCUAACUCGUUUUGUCUCAUGAAUGGAUGCAUCUAGAGAAGCUAGGCUGUUUGAUUAAACUCAGUUUAGUUUUACAUCAAUUACUUUUAAAAAAGAUUGUUAUUAAUAAUUGCUCUAAAUUUAAUUACUACUACCUGAAAUUUAAUUAGGUAUCCCUCUAAUAAUUUUAGCUACAUUGUCAUCAAGAAGAGAAAACCAGAUUACUUUUAUAAUGUAAAACAAGUUUUUGCUGAGCAUUGAAUCAUUCUAUGCAUUGCGUAUGACAUUUAAUUUUUUACAAAUGUAUUAAUGCUGCUCGCUCAUUGUUAGCAAAGUUAACAAAAGAUUAGAAUAAUUUUACAAUAAAGUCUUAUUUAUCAUUCAUUAAAAAAAACAGUAGAUUUCAACUCUUUUCCUCAGUUAAUGUUUAUCCAAAUUUUCAUAUGUAUUGCAGUUCUCUUUGCUAUGUCCUCUGUAUAUCUUGUUUGCUAAAUUAGGCCAUCAUCUAUGUACAUUUUCCAAUUCUUCUCCACUACGCCCCCCCCCCCCCCCCAAAAAAAAAAAAAGAAUGACUUAUGUUGAGAAAAAUGACAUUUUGAUAUUCCACUAUAAAUUAUUUUGAACAUUACUGCGCUCUUUUUAUUUCUCUCUGUACAUGGUCUGCCUUUUUUCUUGAGCUACAUAGUAUUGUGUAGAUGUUUAUGGUGUUACUAGAAUGCUCAUCUUAGUUAGUGCAAUAAAUGUGAUUAUUCCAACCCUUA